UUGAAGCGCCGCCUUCUUCCGCGCUCAUAAAUUGUGUUUACAAUCUUUCGUUUUGGCAGAAGUUAUUUUUCAAGCACAGAAGUCAAUAGAGUCACGCACUCUUCAAAAUGAGAGCCUUCAUUUUCCUCGCAGUGCUGGCGCUUACCUAUCUACAAAGCUCCACUGGUUCUUUGGUCAUAAAAGGUCCAUCUGAGCUGAUUCGGGAAGGACAGGAUGUGACGCUAGAGUGUGUGGACUCAGAAUCAGAGUGGAAUAUGAGCUCAGUGCAUUUUGAGAGGUUCUCUAAGUACAUGAAGAAGUGGUUCCGACUCGAGUCAGAUCAGGCAAAUUUCUACCGCCACUGUUACCUGUAUGACGUGGACGUGAGAAGAGAGGAGGGCAGACUGCUGCUUUUCAUCUCCAGCAUCCAGUCCAUGUCUGCUGGUCCAUACCGCUGUAUCUCUGAGAAUGCUUCUGAACCAGACAACUCCUCUCAGCCCCUCACCAUCCCCAUUCACUAUAUGCGAGAGGUGUCCGUGCACAGGGCUGGUUUAGGCUACUUAACGCGUUAUUUUAACUCGGUGCAGGACUUGAGAGUAAGAUUAGGGGAUGACGUGGAGCUGGAAUGUUCCACCUCCGCUUCCGAGACACCUGAAUACUUCUGGGCCAAAGAGGGAGAAGACUGGCUUUUGGCCUCUAAUAAGCUGAAGUUGGAGCAGGUGCGGGCUAUAGAUGGAGGGAGAUACACCUGUACAGCUCAGUCCCCCACUAUGCAAUCCCUCAUGAAGAAACGCACAAUCAGCGUCACUGUUCUGCCAGAAGAUGCAGCAUGGUAUGAGUCAACCACUGGUCGCAUUGCUCUCAUGGCAUCUGCUGCUGGAUUGGUCAUUCUUAUGAUUAUACUAUCCAUGACCACCUACCUCUGCCGCCGAGCCAAACAGAGGAAGAGCAAGGGACCCAUAGAUGACCGCUCCCAGAAGAAGCCCAUCUACAGAAACAGCGUGGAGUCCCUGCCCUCCACUGCCACUGACAAGCAGCCACUGGUGUAAAGAGAAUGAUGGAGGACUGGAGAGAAGAGAGAAUGGAAGAUGAGAGAAAAUAUUAGGGAAUAUAGAGAUUAUACAACUGGAUGAGAGUUUGUUUUCACAGAUUUUGCCUUUCCAUAUAUAUAUAUCUUUAUAAUUAGAAGACGGUCUAUGUAGUGAAAAGUAUACAAAUAUGGCACAGAUGACGUUUUACCACAGUGAGUUCUUUCUAGUGUGUUUUCCAUAAGAGUUCUUUAACCAAAGGUGUGUAAUUUUCUCUGAUUCAACAACCCAGCAAAAUUGAGAAAUGCUGAAAAUAUGUUUUUGUGACGUGACUGAGUGAUAAAUUUUUUUUUCACCAGCUUUGAGUUGAAAACCAGGCAUGUUUCUUUACUUGCAAACCUAUGAAUGUUUCUUUUUAGGAAAACCACUGUCAGCAAAGUAUCAGAUCAUUUAUUCAAAUUUUGGAGGGGUUUCCCUUUACAUAAAUGUAUAAUGUCAGUUUUCACUUGAAACGAGCAUUGAUCUGCUCCAAACUAAUACUGAAUCAAUUACUCUUAAGCACUUUGAAACUCUUGCACUUUUUGCACUUCCCUUGCCUUUGAAUUUAAACCUAUUAAACUGAUUUUACAACAUAA